AUGUUUGAUAUUUAUUAUCAAAACUUCCGUGGAAUGAACACAAAACUGAACGACAUACGCUUGGCGUCACUACAAUCAAACUACGACAUGAUAGUGGCGACAGAAACUUGGUUAGACCAAUCCGUCGUUGACGGCGAGUUAUUUUCCAACCGUUACAACAUUCACAGAAGAGACCGUCAUUCAACCUCGCUAUCACAUAAAUCAGGUGGAGGUGUUUUGGUUGCUGUAUCUGAUAGAUUCGAGUCACGCCGAAUAGAGCACUAUGAAAGUAUUUACGAAGACCUCUGGAUUAAUAUAAAGUACGUCAACAACGGGGUAUCAAAAAAUUUAUUGGUCUGCGUCCUGUACUUACCGCCAGCGGUAUCCGUUAACACCUUGAAUGCGGUUCUGGACAAUAUCAGCUCCAUUAUGCAGUCAUACCGGGGAGAUGUUUUAAUUCUGGGUGACUUUAACUUGGGCUCCAUCAACUGGACAAGAAACGAUAAUAGCACUACGCGUUGUUUGCCUUCGAACUAUAGUAAUGAAUUAGGCUUCUCCUUGGUUGACUUUCUCUCGUUGAAUAAUCUCGUUCAAUGCAACAGCAUAGAAAAUCACAAUGGACGUGUCUUAGACUUGGUGUUAGCUAACUUCGAAAACAUUAAAGUAACUAAUUCCCUUGACCUAUUAAGUAAAUUGGACCCGCACCAUCCGGUGUUAGACAUAGAAAUUACAGAAAUUGAUAACACGGUCUUAAUAAGUAAACCAGUCAUUAGGUAUUGUUUUCAAAAAGCGAACUAUAGCACUGUUCUUUCAGAACUGAGACGAGUAGAUUGGGAUUAUGAACUUGUAAACUGUGAAGAUGUCAACGUCAUGGUUCAAAAAUUUUAUCUCAUCCUCAAUAAAAUAAUUAAUUCAACUAUCCCUAAAUCAAGACCGAAAAACCGUAUACAUCCUGUUUGGUUCACACCUAAUUUGUUAAAGCUCAUAUCUGAGAAAGAAAAAAUAAGACGAAAACUUAAAAUUCACAGUAAUCCAAGAGAUGAACUCGAACUUACAUUAGCUAAGAACCGGUUCGAUUCAUUAAUGAAAAAAUGCUACUCUCACUAUAUCAUGGGUACUGAACAGGCUAUCUCAAAAGCACCUAGAAUUUUGGUCUUACGUAAAACAGCGAAAGGAUGCAACUACCCAAAUCCCUUCCCAAAUGUCACUUGGCAAUAUAACAGCAAAUUCUGGCAAUGA